GCCAUAUUGACUCCAGCUAAAGAAAUAGGGCCGUAACAAUCCAUUGCCAUCCUCUACAAGAAGAGGAACAAUGGAUAGCCACUACGGCGUAGAGGUUACUAACAAGUUUGCUCUAAACAUAGAUGAUGAUGAUGAUCCCUUUGAGAUCAUCCAGCAGCAAGAAGAGCUGAAAAAGAAGCUGGACACUCAGGACAAAACCAGCCAGAAAUCGAAGAAGGCCAAACAGGCCAAGAAAAAUGUCUUGCAACCUGAAAAUAAGAACAAACAGUCAGAACAAUCUGUUCUAAAAAAGGAAGACAAAAUAAACAAUCAGUCACAGUCGAGACAGGAUCGUCCACCUCGCAGUGCAAGACAAAACAGGGAGCCUAGAGAUUCCAGAGGAGAUGAUGACCGACGGCCGCGAAGACGAGACGAUAAUGUCUCCAAUGAAAAUAGGAAUGAAGGUGGCUUCCAGAGGUCAGAAGGUGGUGGCUUCAACCGACCAGACAGUGGAUUUGGCGGUGGCCGAGGUGGGUUUGGCGGCCGUGGACGUGGAGGCAUGAGAGGUAGCCGUGGUGGAAGAGGAGGCUCCCGAGGUGGUGGUGGCUUUGGUGGCGAUAGAGUUGACCGUGGCGACCGCAAACGGGAAUUUGAACGACACAGUGGCAGUGACAGAACCAGUGGUGUGAAGGCUACAGAAAAGCGAGAGGGCAGUGGAUCACACAACUGGGGUACCUUUAAGGAUGACUUGGAGGAACAGACAAAGGAACCAACAACGGAAGAGACCAAGGAAUGGAACCCUACAGAAAAUGUUGAAAACCAUGAUCCCAACGAGAGCACAGAAUCCACGGAAGCACCUGCUGAGGAUGAGUCCUCUAAACAGUUGACCUUGGCUGAAUGGAAGGCCCUGCAGGAGAAGACCCGCACGAAAUCCUCGUUCAACAUCCGCAAAGCCGGAGAGGGAUGCGACAACUCCCAGUGGAAAAAGGGAACUGCUUACAAAAAACAAGUAGAAGAUGAAGACGAUGAGGAUGAGGAAGAAUAUGAAGAGGAGGAUGAACACAGAUCCAAACAGGUAGUUACGGACAUCCGUAUUACCUUCAAUGACUCCCCACGGAGGGGCAGAGGUGGAAGAAGGCCUAGGGGUGGCCGAGGAAGUCGUGGCGAUCGUGGAAUGGGACGCGGAGAUAGAAGAGGCGGUGGCUCUCGGGAAUCCGCACCCAAAUUUGACGACGAGAACGAUUUCCCGAGCCUCGUCAAAGCCUGAAGUGGCAGCUCUAUUCUCCUAGAAAAGGAGAGGGCAUUCCCCUGAAAUUUUCAGUGUGUAAUUAAAUAAACUCCCAUCUCAUACUGGAUGACAUUUUGGAAUGAAAGCUAGCUGGUGGGCACAGCAUACCAUUUUUGGUUUCUGGAUACUUUUUCACAUGCAUCUUUGCAUUUGUUUUUAUAUGACAUUUGUUAAAGAUACUGUAUCAUGAUGAUUGCAUUUCUGUAUCAGACGAGAUACUGAUCAUGGUUACAAGUCUCUAUUUGAAGAUACAGUAGUGAUUGCAUUUCCAAUUUUAAGAAGGAAGAUUGCAUUUGAUGGAGUUCAUUCAACCUUUUAUAACCAAAAAGGAAAGAAAGCAGGGACGGGAUCAGUGUUCCUUUGGAACACACAUUAGUUGUGAUAGAUCAAUUACUUGUUGUUCGAAUACAUGUAUUUUCUAGUACCAAAUUUGUCUUGAUGUACUACGUGCUGCUUAGGUAGUGCUUCAAGAUUAAUAUAUUUAUUUGUUCUGGAAACAUUUAUGAAGCUGUACACACCCACUUUUCACAAGCCAAGCCAUUGGAGGAGUUGGGACUAUUGCUAAUGAACUCUUGUAUGGCGUUGUGAAAGUAUUCCUCUGUGCAAACCCAUUUUGACAUUAAUUGGAUGGGCGUGCAAGUUUGAUAUUAAAUGCAUUUUCAUCAGAUUGGAUCAUGAAGAAAUCACUAUAACCCUCAGCUUAAAAUCUAAUGGCCGUUGAACCAGUCAUAUGAUGCAGCAAAUCAAGAUAUCAGUAUUCCACGUCUAGUAAGAAAAAUUAAAAAAUUAAAAAGUGCUGAUAGUUGUGAUUUGUAAUCCAAAUAAUAUGGAUAUCUGUAUAAUUUGAUUUGGCUGCAUCCGAGAUUUAAUCAGCCAUAUUGAAGGGCAUCUUAUUUGGCAUAUGUUUCCUGAAAGAUGAUAAUUUGGCCUUAAAUUUUGCCUUUCAAAGUGGGACAUGUUCAAAACUGCCUGCAUUUAUUUAUUUCCAACAUAUAUAGUUGUAGCAUUUUAAAAUUACAACCACCAUCAUUUUUACAGAUUUGUGCCAAAGUCAUUUGACGCCAAUCUGAAUCACUUCAUUCCUAGGCCACUUCAUUACUUGGGAGAACGUUUUAUAAUAAAUCACUUUAAAAUAGGAUUAUUAUGCCUUGUUUUGACUUGUAAUGGUAAAAUUUUUGGCCUGUAAUCAAUGUUGUUUGAAUCUUGGUAUAUCUGAAUGCAAGUAAAGUAAAAAAUUAAGUUGGUCAAAAAUAUGAAUUUCUAAUGAAAGGUGUAAAAGUAUGUGUAUGGCUGAAGUAGACGAGCUUUGUCCGUCCAAUGAGUGGCUAAUAAUUUUUAUGGUCAUCAUUGAAAAUGCAUCCCAUUAUUUUCUGUAGGGAUGAUGGGCCAUCAACUAUCAUUUCUGCUAUGAGCUUCAAAUGAUUUUGCAUGUCGCUAGCCUUGUAAUUCUCAAUUUAUCCAGUACCUCUGAAUAUUCCAAAGUGUUUCCCAACGUAGACCAUCAACACGACACUGAAUUCAGGCUGAAAAAAAUGCUAUAAUAAACAUAUAUUUUAUAUGCACUUUCAGUGUGAAUCCAUUGUCCCAGUUUUCUUCUUUAAAAAGAAAAAAAUAAGAAUCUUUAAUGGGUGUUGCAGUUUAAAAUGCUUGUCCUAGCAUGGCGGAAUGCAUGUACAUUGUGAGGAGUUGAUAGUCCAUCAUUUCUGUAGAAACUCCCAUCAAUAGUUUGACUGACCCAUACCAUGAAUGUCUGGUUGGUAGCAUGCCAAGUAAGAUUCCUUAGCUUUUUAAAUGUUUUGCUAUUAAAUCUUUGAUUAAAUUCUGGAAUAUUUAA